CGUCAUGCCUCCUCUCCCUCUCACCUCGCCAGUCUCACUCCUCCUCUCGUCUCUUUUCUCUUUGCUCAGUGAGUCGCUGUAAAUCCUUUUGUGAUGCUAAACUGAUUUUCGGAAGAGAGAGACGGGCAGGCGGAGAGAGGGAGGUUUUGGAUUUCUGUCCCAGCAGAUCUGAUCUUCGUUCGUCGACUCAGUUUUGUCCACCUUGCUCCCCCACAGAAAGUUUUCUUCUUUUAGGUUUCAUGCAGUCUCGGGGUGUUACUGGAAGAUCCGCCGCUUCAGGAAAGCACUUUGCAGGAAACGCAGCUCGGUUUUCUGAAAACCUUCUGCAGUUUUUUUCCUAAGAAGUUAUAGACGAACGGGGGACAUGCGCUCGUGAAGGAUAUAUCGUUUAAUAAUUUCCGCCCCCGCCGGUCUGAGGACAGAGGAGCCCGCAGUGAGCACUCCCACCGGCCGAGCAUGGAGAGCGGUGGCCGGGCGGGGCUUCAGGCGCCGGGCGGGGGAGCAGAAGGAGGUAGCUGGGUGCUGGUGGAGGCCCGGCUGCAGGGUGGAGCGCCGUGGGGCUUCACCUUGCAGGGCGGUCUGGAGCAUGGACAGCCGCUCAUCAUCUCCAAAGUGGAGAAGGGCGGGAAGGCCGACAGUUUGGAGCAGCCUCUGCUAGUGGGGGAUGAGAUCAUCAUCAUUAAUGAUGUGGAGUUGAGUGGAUACCGACAGGAGGCCAUCGCUUUGGUCAAAGGAUCAUACAAGACUCUGAAGCUCACCGUCCGCAGGGAGUUUGACCCUGGAUACAUCGAGGAGUUUGUUACCACACCUAACUCCCUUCCCUCUUUUCCCCUUCCUCCUCCUCUCUCUUUUCAAUUACCACCAUUGUCCCCAUCACCACAACAAACAACGCCAUCAUCCAGCCACAGCCGACCAUGUUCAGCUGUCCAGCUACGCAUCAAAAACAGACGCACUGAGCCGGCGUCUCGUCCUCAUUCGUGGCACUCGACGAAGCUUGGCGAAGGCGGCCAGAAACUGGAACAAGGAAUGAUGGACACCAUGAGCAACGCCUGGCCCUACAGUUACCAUGCCAGUGCCUCCACAAAUGACCUGUCUGGUGGGUUUGACUCUGGCGGGGGCUAUCUGAGGAAGAGUCCAGACCAGUACAGCUCUAGAGGCAGCAUGGAGAGCCUGGACCCUCCCCAUUCUUCCCAGCUUCACUCAGUAGCUCAGCACCAGCAUUCACUGGGUCACCAUGGCCACACUGGACCCCACCCAGCUUACUCGUCCUGCCACCAGCUGUCCUCUGCCAGGUCUUCGAACAGUAUUGACCACCUGCACAGCAAACGGGACUCUGCCUAUUCCUCCUUCUCCACCAGCUCCAGUAUCCCAGAGUACCUUGCAUCCACUCCUUCAUUCAGUCCAGAGCGCUCCUAUUCGUUGGAGACUGUCCACCAAAAGGGAGGAGGAAGUGCUGAGAUGCUUCAGACUGACAUGCGUUAUGUCCGGACAGUUUGCGACGUCCAGCAGGACUUCUCACAAGAGCAUGAGCUAAGCGCGACCUCCACUACGUUGUUAAGCAACAGUGACUCCAGAGGCAGCAUGAGAUCAGGACUAAGCAGAGAUCUCCGAGGUUCGGUUGGCGGUGUCUGUUACCGUGGCAGCACCAGUGGCAGCAACAGCAGUGGUGCGCCAGCUUCAAACAGGCACAGCGUGGGACCUAUCUGGGACCCGGCAGCCAGUCACAGCUCCUAUGAGAGCCUGAAGGGGGCACCCGCUCUGCCGAGACGCAGCGACAGUUAUGCUGCUAUAAGGAACCACGAGAGACCAAACUCCUGGUCCAGUCUGGAGCAUGCUCGGUCACUACGGUCUCUGCAGAAAGGUUCUGGGCUUCACUCCAGCGGUCCCAUUGCUUUAGCUAAAGGUUCAUAUUGUGCAGAGGGUCAGCUCCACACCGUGAUAGAGAAGAGUCCAGAGAGCAGUCCAACUACAAAACCACGACAGAGUGGUGGGUUUCCCCAGCCCCCUUCACCUUCUGGGCCAUCCUCUGGUCCUGCAGACCCCACCUCCCAGUCCAGCCGACUCAUCCUUCCUACAGGCAUGUACCCUGUUCCACAGCCUGAGCCCCACUACGCGCAGAUGCCCACCUCCAGUCCAAGCCUAUGUGCCUCUGGAGCUUACCCGGCCAAGGAGAGCGGCCAGCAGCAGCGACAGGCUGUCAGGGAUGAAGGAGUGGCCGACAGAUGGAGGGAAGAAAGACUGUGUGGAACAGAAAUUGGUCACCAAAAUAAAACCUCUUCACCAUACCCACACUCCUUUGUUUCAGGAUCUUCCUCACAGCUCAGGACUGGAGCACAUGAGACAGACAGGCAUCAGCAGCAGGAGUAUAAAACUGGACCAUGUAGACCACAUAUGCAUGCUACUGGAGGGGAAUCAGAUAGCCAGACAGGGACCCAAAGGCCCUCUAAUCACCAGCCUCCUUACAGUCAGAACCAAGGAUUUCAUUCUUAUACAAGCCAGGGACCACAGCAGGAUCAGAACCAGGAAUUUUCCUCAACUUAUGUCCAAUCAGGCUCCGACUUGACAACGCCGCACUCACAAGAGAGGAGUGACAUGGACACACUUGUCCAUUUCAGAGGAGACAGAAGCAGGUCAAUGGACAAGAGCAGCUUUCAUUCAGAGCCACUGUCCUCUUCCAGGCUUGCCCAGGGACAGGUGCCAUCUCCCCACCUAGCGCCCUAUCCACCUACCUCCACUUCGCAGCCUUCUUCUCGUCAUUUCAGCGACUCAGUGGUGCCUCAAUACCAGCACUGGAACCACAGAGACCUGGACAAAGACAGAGAGCACCCGCUGACCCGCCUGGAGCUUGCACUCGCCGAAGUCCAGCGAUGCGCCAGCCCUGACAGUGUUUUCUCCAGCAGUAGCCAUGACAACGGUGGUCUUAGUGAUGGUGGCCAAGGGUCUGCCCGCAGUCUCUCUGUUUUGGAGAAAGUCAGUCGUUUCGAGCGUCGGGAACACGGCGGGAAACAGCGCAGCCACAGCACCAACACCAGCAACCCACACAACAAAGCUACCCAUCUGCGGAUGAGUGAGAAAAGCUGUGGCGCCUCCUGUGGAGCAGAGGACCUGAGGAAUAUGCUGGAGAGGAGCACCAAAGGGAUCAAAGCCCACAGGACGAUGAGCUACAGAGGAGGCAGCAGCGAAUACAUGAAAUACAGGAUCCCUGCAGAUCCCAGCUCAGCACUCCAGAGAAGCCGCAGUAGCUUCCAACUGGAUGGCUCAAAGGAAGGAGACACCAGCAAAGACCUCUCCUUGAGGCAGGAAAACCACGAGAUAAUGGAACCCCUGCAGGAACUGUUGUCUAACAGACGGAGAGACCUCAGCUCCUCAAUCAGCUCUCAGCCUCCUCCUGCCAUCUCCUCCUUCAACAGCCACCAACCUCCACCCAUCCCUGCCAAGUACCAUUCACUGGAGAAGAAAGGCCCAAAGACCAUGCCUAAACCGCAGGGCAUCAUCAUCGCACCACAGCCGCAACCACAGGUCACUUCCCCUCACGCCCCAAAGGAGAGGCAUGCAGUCAGUCCUGAUAUUCGAGGUCCAAACCCGCCGGCUCUCCCCAGUGUCCCCCCAGUUGGACCUCCACAUCUGACAAGGAUCUGUGGCCGUAAGCGUCUGACAGCAGAACAGAAGAAACGUUCAUACUCAGAGCCAGAGAACAUGAACGAGGUCGGGGUUUUGGAUGCAGAGACUGCUGCCCUCUUCCGGCGUGGAGGAGAAACUAGUGUAGCAGACCGGCGGAAGAUGUUUGAACUUGCAGCAAGUCGUGCUGGAGCCCCUCAGAGCACCAUGUCAAAGCCUGACCUGCGACAAGUUCGGCAAGAAGCCCUGAUGGAGUAUGUGGAGAGAAAAAGAGGCGUUAGAAAAGAAGACACCGGACAGAGGAGUGGAUUAAGACCUCGCAGUGCUUAUAUACAGCCUGAACACAGCAGCCAUGCAGAGUCUUUCUGUUACUCAGAUACUUUCAGCCUCUCUUCCACCUCCAGCCUGCUCUCUCUCCAGGACUGUGGUCCAGAUCAUAGCUUCCUCUCUGGUGAAAGGUCUGUCUGCUCAACCCUUCCUCCUGGAAGUGAUGUACAGAGCUUCCAGUCCAACCUUUUCUACCCGGGCAGGGUAACCACACCACGGCCUCCAGCUCUUCCACCACCCAGCAUUUCUCUUGGUUCCACUAUUGAGCUCCAGGCUCAGAUCCACCAGGAUCCCAUCCCUAAAGCAGGGGCCAGCUGUCAGAGUCCCUUUCAUGGCAGAGACCGAAGCUCAGACCACCAAGGGCAGAUCGCAGAACCUCAAGUCAGCGUGGGACUUUCCAAGCAGCUCAAUGGGGCUCUUCGGAGGGUCGAGUCAUCUCACAGGUCCGUGAAGUCGGCUUCUGCUGAGGAUCUCCUUGAGCACACCGAAGACAGGCCAACCGCUCCUCAACACUACCGCUCCCGCUCUUCCCCAACCGCAGACAAACUGAACCAGGACUUCCAUACAGCUGAUGUAAAGACAUUUGGUGUCUCCUUCUCUGAAAGUGGGCGCUGUGCUCUGGCUGCAGACAGACCUGCAGACGUCCACAUGUCGGGGUGCCUUGUCUCUACUCAGCCAUCCCAGUAUAACACCGUCAAGCCUGCAGAACCUCCACAAGAUCAGUCUCACCCUCCGGUCCCUCGCAGAGAGCGACAGAGGAACAUGGAGCGCCAGCGAGCCCACAGCACCUCCACCUUGGCAGCUUCUGUUGGCCUUCCCUGCCCCUUCUCCCCACCCAGGACUCCGGACAGUGAGAGGCUAAGCCAGGCCAACCUGGGCGCCAUCACUUUCCCAGACAUCCUGCAAACCAGCAACUCUGAAACUCCAGUGACUGAUACACAGAUGAGACCCAGUCUGAGUGAUUCCACCAUGUUAGAGGACCUCAGAAAGGACGCCUUCAGAGGCAGAGCCUUCAGUCUGGAGACAAGAGAAAGACAGUCUGCACAAACUCCACCUGCAUCAGUGCAGCCGCCACAGAACCAGCUGUCCUCUUCCAACAGGAGCUCCACGUCCUCUCUGCCCUCCGUCCAUCAGCGUCUGUCCUCUCUGAGGAUAUCAGAGUCCAGCUUUUUCAGCUGCACCAACCAACAGCAACCUUUAGAGACUUCCACAGGAAAUGCACAAGACUUUGAUGAGGUCUUUCUCCAAAAUACCACCCUUCCUCCUCUUCCUCCUCCUCCUCCCCCUCCUCCUCCUCCUCCUCUAACACCACCUAUAAAAGAGACAAACAUCAUGGAGGAUUUCCCUCCUCCACCACCUCCUGCUGAGUUGGAGCCGGAAGCUGAGGAGCCGUCAGUCGAAAGUCCCAGCUCAGACCUUAUAAAGAACCGCUCCCUGCCCACCAUGAAAUCUUCAUAUCAGUCCUCUCUUCCAUCAAAGCCCCAGCAGUCCACCACUGCCUCCACCUCCAUCACCACUUCUACCACAGCGGAGGUCAACUUCAGUUUGGAUUACCAGCCGCUGGGCCAAAGGGAGAAAACACCCGAGGAGCUGAGGGUGGAGGCGCUGGCUCACCAGCUGGUGCAUCAGGACCCCUCUCUGGCUCCUCUGUUGGAGACAUGGUGGGGUAAAUCCACCGUGGAGUUAAUGGAGGAGAUCUUUUCAAACAGCAAUCUGACUGUUAAAUCACAGAGGCAGCGCAGAGGCAGCACCUGGGCAGCUGACAGGAUCCAAGAUGGUGUCUGUGAUCAGAGUCCGGCCACAAAUCAAAGAAAGGAGACUGAUUUGGACGAGGAAGAGUGGGACCUCGACAUUAGGAAGCUGGAGCUCUGUGAGGCUCUGAGGAGCAGCGUGGAGGCUCUGCAGCAGGAGAAGGAGGCGCUGUGUGAGGAGCUGAGGCGUCACCAGGCUCUGGGCUCCAGCAUCGAGACGUUGGUGCAGGAACGCCUAAAGACCAACGAGAGGGACAAGUACAGCAUGUUCAUCGGGGAUCUGGAGAAGAUCGUGAACCUGCUGCUGUCUCUGAGCAGCCGGCUUUCGAGGAUCGACAGAUCUCUGCUCACGCUGCAGAGAGACGAACCGAUGACAGAGGACACAGCCGAGGAGAGGGACUCCCUUCAUCACAAACGCUCUCUGCUCCUCCGUCAAACCGAAGAUGCCCGGGAGCUGAAGGAGAACCUGGACCGGCGUCAGUGCGUGGUCCACGCCAUCCUGUCAGGGUACCUCAGCGAGCCUCAGCUACAAGACUACCGCCACUUCGUCAGCACCAAACCCUCCGUUCUGAUUCGCCAGCGGCUCCUGGAUGACCUCAUACGGCAAGGGGAGGAGCAGCUGAAGCGGCUGGUCGAGAACCUGCCAACGGAACUGGCGGAGGCCCACGGUUGCUCCACGGCGUGCCGGAUCUCUAACCCUGUGUCGUGUUCUCCGCUGUUUCCUCCCUCUGUGAUUCCAGGCCCUGCCCACUCCACCAGGUCCACCACUGUGACAUCACUGUAACCAUGGCGAUGAAGGAGAGAUGCUUCACUUCCUAAAAACUCAAGCAAAGGCACAUUACUGUAGAUGGAGAAACAAGCCAAGUAAAGACUCGGCUCACUGAAACUAUGCAGACUGAAGAAAAAAGUCUUUAAUGUGCUUCAUUCUGUUCACACCUGCCUGUACGUUGGACCUCUGUUCCCCACGGCGGCUGCCAGCUAAAUAUUCUGACUUUGCUCUGCUCUGAAAAGUACUCUUCUUGGACCGUUAAGUAUUCUUUUGUUCAUGUUUAAAGCACAGAUUCAGUCUAAUUUUUGCAUUUUUUGCAGCAUUUUCUAACUUUAUUCAUGUCAACAAAUACGUUUCCGUUCAGACAAGAUAUUUUGUUUUUAAAUUAUGACAAAAGGCCCAAAUACACCAGAAUUGUCCUUUAACAGGUCUGAUGAUGCCUUCAGGGACUUCUAGGAGGUUUUUACCUCAUGUGACCAGACAAAGUGAACAGGAAGAAAAUCCCUUAAAGAGAAGAUCCUGUCAUCUGUAAAAUAUUGUCAUGUUGUCCAACUUUUCAGACUUACACGAGACCUGCUCUGCUUUCGCACAUGUACAGUCAAUCUACGGAAAUAAAUUAACGCCAAAAUUGAGCAGACUUUGUUUUGAUUUCAGCACAGAAACCCUUCAGGUUGCUGUAAUCUUUACCAUCACACCAUGUUGUAACACACCUGUAUGAAGCUUAGAGCACUUUGUCCGAAUAUGUUUUAAUCACUGAGUGAAAUGUUUUCAUGAAACAUUUUAUGUGUAAAAUUCAGAUUUAGGAGUUUUUAUGUAUGUUUUUUUCUGAUAUAAAUAUUGAUCAAAUUUGUUAGUAAAUUUUCAUAAUAGCCACAAAUGAAGCAGUAACCACAACAUCUGGCUAACUUUUAUUAGUUAAAUUAUUAUUUAAGAU